UUUAAGUGUCAAAAUAAAUUUUUUUUGCCAAUUUUAUAAUUCUAAAUACCUUUAUUUCUUAUAUAUUAUUAGGUAAUAAUUGUUCAUAGAAAGGGCGCGUGCCACCUGUGCUUUUACUCUGCAUCCCAUACUGGCCAUUUAUUAAUGAACUUGUAUAAAAUAAUUUAAAAUUAUUAAGAAAACCUAUUGCCUUGGUAAAAUAUGAAAUUUGAAUUAAAUUUAUAGGUUUUUAUAGCUGUAGAUUAACCCCAUUAUUGUCUAAUGAUCUUGAAGUAUGCACUAUUAAAGCUAAUAUAAUAGUACAAGUGAUGUCCGAUUCUACUUAUGCUGAAUCAAAAGAGAUUCCAUUUUUACCAAAUGUUUGUGUUAAUACUUAUGAAUUGUAUUUUGGACAGUUCAGUGGUUGUGACAUGUUAACCGUGACAGGAUUACCAAAUAUACUUUUUGCAGUCCAAGUGUCAUCGAGUAAUAAUUCUCUUGUUAUGCCCAUGAUACAUAGUCAAAGUGAAAAUAGUAGAGUUUAUUCUUUUAAUGUAAAUCCUUUAUUUUGGGAAUUAGGAAAAAUGGAUAUUUAUAUUUUGGUUACUUCCGAAAUAAUUCCACAAACAAUUAACAUAUCUAUAAGAACUCCUUUUUCAAAAGUUAUUCAUGAUAUCUCAAAAAUUAUAUCAAGAAAUACCAGCAGUCAUGGGUCAUAUUUCGAUAGUGUAUUCUUAAGCAAAUUUUAUAUAAGUUUUUCCAUAAUAUUUUUAACUAUUUUUUACGUUUGUUUCUACGGAUUGCCAGUCUGUCUUUCAUUUAACACUUCAGUCAACGAUCGGUAUCAUAGAAAUGGACAAGAUGAAACCGGAUCUAACAUCCACUUUGUAGGAUUUUACAAUCGGAGCAGCAGCAGUUGCAAGGAUUUUCAAAGACGCACUAAAAGAUAUUAUUUUUAGAUUUUGACGGUUAAAAUUUGAAUUUGUAAGAUUUUAUAAAUAGCAAAUGUGAGGUAUUAAAAUUUAACAUUACCUGUUCAGCCGACUCUUCUUCAAUUAUCAUUUUCAUUUCUA